AUGUUUCUUGUCAUCAUCAGCACAAAAACAAGUCAACCACUUCUUCUUCACAUCAACAUUAUCCUCUCUCGCAAACCCUCUACCGCAACCAUGAAGUUCCCCGUUGCCUCCGUCCUCGCCCUGGCUACCGUUGCCAUUGCUGCCCCAACCAAAGACCACGGACGCAACCAAUGCAACUAUGUUACUUGUGUCGACAGCGCCUUGCUUGUCGUCGACGCGGACAUCGACCUCCUUGGACUCCUUGACAUUGGUCUCCACGUUGGGCUUUUGGAGAAUAAGCAAUGCAAGGCGUUCUACUGCUGCCCCGAGCGUUGCAACGAGGGCGAGCACAUUCCCGACACCUGCUGGAAGCGCCAGCACUAA